AUGACAAGAAUAGGUUUAGGCUCACUCAAAUAUGGAACUAGGAAAUUGGUUGUCCCUACAGCAUGGAAAUCUGUUUUUACCACGGAUGAGAAAGAACGUGAGAAGAAUAUUGAAGAAUCCUCCGAGGCUCUGCAAUUUCUUGAGCAUGAGGUGAAGGACCAUAAGUUCUUGGGGGGAGAUGAGUUUGGGUUUGUGGACAUUGCUGCGGUGUUCAUAGCUUUUUGGAUCCCUGUGAUCCAAGAAGUAAUAGGAUUGCAGUUGUUCACAGCUGAAAAUUUUCCCAAGCUCUACAUAUGGAGUCAAGAAAUUCUCAACCACCCAGUCGUCAAAGAGUGCCUGCCUCCCAAAGAACCACUUUUUGCCAUGUGCAAAGCUCACUAUGAAAGCAUUGUUGGUGUUGGGAUUGAUUGUCAAAUCCCACAUUGCCAACUGUGUUGUUUCCCAACAGUACCUCAAAAUAGAUCUGAAUCUCAGCAUUGA